AUGCCAGUCCCAAGUGGGGAGAAGGUCACUACAAGCUUAGAAGAGAGCUUGCUGCAGGCCCUCGAUGCCAAAUUUGCUGAGCAAGAGAAAGUGAUUCGGGAGCUGCUCAGUGGCAAUGGUGUGCGGCGGCCACCCCCUAUGGAACCAUGGUCAUUUGUCUCAGAGCCGCCAUCUAUGCCAGUUUUCCACCAUGCCUCGGAGCAAUCCGAAGCACCAAAGAACAAAGUGCCAUCAGGCCGGACAGUGAAAGCUUUGGGGGCCAAGGUCAUGAGCGAAAAAUGGAAACCCGAUCCCCCACUGAAAGCUUGUGUGAAAGGGAACCUGGACAUGCUGAUUGCUGGAGUGGUUGUGAUCAAUGUGAUCAUGAUGAUCAUUCAUUCUCAAUGGGUCGCUUGGAAGUCUGAAGUGGAGCUGAACUUGAUCGAGCCUUCAGAUUCCAUGUUCUCCACGCAGGCCUUUGAUGUGAUUGAGUAUAUCUUCUUCAGCAUCUACUGUUCGGAUAUGCUCGUGCGAAUGAUUGUGCUUCGAAAGGAGUGGUAUUUCGACCCCAAGGUAGGUGUGAUGUACAUGAAUAUAUUUGACGCUUUUCUGGUCUUGUUGAACUUCACCGAGCUCUUUAUGAUUCCUUUGAUCGAUCCUGAGGGUACCGACCUGAAUACCAAUCACAUCCGCUUGAUCAAGUUCACACGAGUGGCGCGUACUUUGCGGAUUGUCAGGGGCCUUUCAAUUCUUCGACAGUUGAGGGCACUAAUUGCCACCUGCAUUGCCAGCCUUGGAGCUCUUUUCUGGUCCUUGAUACUACUAUUGCUCAUGAAGGUGAUGUUUGCACUGGUGAUAAGCCAGGCCAUUCAGCUCUAUGUGAUGAGCGACGCGGACUAUGACGUCCGGAUUUUGAUGAAUAGUUGGUAUGGAAGCUUCCUCAGAGCAAUGUAUACCAUGUUUGAAAUCACCUACUCAGGAGGCUGGCCUUUGUUGGUCCGACCCGUAAUUGAGAUGGUAAGCCCUUGGUACUCCAUUCCGUUCUUGCUGUACGUGGUAUUUGUUGUAUUUGCAGCCAUCCGAAUUGUCACAGCACUUUUUCUCAAGGAGACUUUGUCAACUGCAGCCAAUGACGCUGAAUUGGUCAUUGAAGACUCCAGACGAACAGCCGUACAGUAUCAGAAGAAAUUGGAAGAGCUCUUCCGUCUUGUGGACGACGAUGGGGACGGAAAUCUUACACCUGAAGAAUUCGUGGAGGCUAUGUCUUUGCCAAGUGUGGACUUAUACUUGAGGUAUCUAGAGAUCACCAUCCGUGAUUGCGGUCCACUGUUUGACAUUUUGUCCGGCGAAGAUGGUCUCAUUACUAUCUCAGAGUUCUGCCAGGGCAUCAUGCAACUGAAAGGGAAUGCAAGGGCCUUGGAUAUGGUAGUGCUUCAGCACGAGAAUGCCAAAUUGAUGAAGGCGUGGAAAGAGAGGCGCAAUUCCAUCCCAUCAUAUGCCCACUGCCGACAUUCCGUUGUUUGCCCAGAUGAUCCACCUUGGACCGCAGCGCCUCCUGAUUGGCUCGAACAGCAGGCCUGGUUCUUGGCGGCCCUGGACAAGAAGUUCGCAGAACAGGCCCUCGAUGUGGAGAAACUGAUUCGGGAACUGCUCAGUGGCGUCGGUGGUCAACGGCGGCCACCCCCGAUGGAACCGUUGUCCUUUGUCUCGGAGCCGCCAUCUUGGACGAUGUUCCAGGAUACAUCCGAUACUUUGGCACAAGCUGACGCCGCAGAAGCGCCAAAGAAGAAGCCAUCAGUCCAAGCAUUGAAAGCCUUGGGGGCCAAGGUCAUGAGCGAGAAAUGGGAGCCCGAUCCCCCACUGAAAGCUUUUGUGAAAGGGAACCUGGACAUGUUGAUUGGUGUAGUGGUUCUGAUCAAUGUGAUCAUGAUGAUCAUUCAUUCUCAAUGGGUCGCUUGGAAGUCUGAAGUGGAGCUGAACUUGAUCGAGCCUUCAGAUUCCAUGUUCUCCCCGCAGACCUUUGAUGUGAUUGAGUAUAUCUUCUUCAGCAUCUACUGUUCGGAUAUGCUCGUGCGAAUGAUUGUGCUUCGAAAGGAGUGGUAUUUCGACCCCCAAGUAGGUACUAUGUACCUGAAUAUCUUUGAUGCUUUUCUGGUCAUUGUGAACUUCAUCGAGCUCUUUGUGAUUCCGUUGAUGGAUCCUGAGGGCACGGAUGUGAAUACCAAUCACAUCCGCCUGAUCAAGUUCACACGAGUGGCGCGCACCUUGCGGAUGGUCAGGAGCCUGUCAAUUCUUCGGCAGUUGAGGGCACUAAUGACGACAAUCGUUGCCAGCCUUGGAGCUCUCUUUUGGUCCUUGGUAUUUCUGUUGCUCAUGAAGGUAAUGUUUGCGCUGGUUAUAAGCCAGGCCAUGCAGGUCUAUGUGAUGAGCGAUGCGGACUUUGACGUCCGGAUAUUGAUGAAUAGUCGGUAUGGAAGCUUCCUCAGGGCAAUGUAUACCAUGUUCGAGAUCACCUACUCAGGAGGCUGGCCUUUGUUGGUCCGCCCGGUGGUUGAUUUGGUAAGCCCUUGGUACUCUAUCCCUUUCUUGUUGUAUGUGGUAUUUGUUGUAUUUGCAGCUGUCCGAAUUGUAACCGCUUUAUUUAUCAAGGAGACUUUAUCAACAGCAGCCAAUGACGCCGAAUUGGUUAUUGAAGACUCCAGAAGAAAAGCCUUGGAAUAUCAAAAGAAGUUGGAAGAACUCUUCCAUCUUGUGGACGACGAUGGGGAUGGAAAUCUUACACCUGAAGAGUUUGUGGCGGCUAUGUCUUUGCCAAGUGUGGAUUUAUACUUGAGGUAUCUAGAGAUCACCAUCCGUGAUUGCGGUCCACUGUUUGACAUUUUGUCCGGCGAAGAUGGUCUCAUUACUAUCUCAGAGUUCUGCCAGGGCAUCAUGCAACUGAAAGGGAAUGCAAGGGCCUUGGAUAUGGUAGUGCUUCAGCACGAGAAUGCCAAAUUGAUGAAGGAGUGCAUGCGGAUCAGAAAGUAUCUUGAGAAAGGUUGGAAUCGCACAUACUCGCAGUGA